AGACACAAUUGUGUUCUGGAUGAAUCUAAAGACCCUGUUAUUGAAGUUGAUACGUGAUUCUGAUCGAAUUUUGUUGUAGAUCGACUACAAUCCAAGGACGCUGCGUUUCAGUGAAGAAGAUCUGCUUAGAAACAACCCACUUUCUCUCCUGGACGAUAGUCCGUGGUUGUCAUAUUUUGUGAACGAAGAAAUUAAGUGUCGGAUUGCUACUGACGUAAAGCGAUCGUUGCCUGAAAUGCAGUACUUUCGAUCUCAAGCAGUGCAUGACGUCAUGGUAUCGAUUUUGUUCAUUUACUGCAAGACUCACGAAAUCGGCUACAAGCAGGCCAAUGCAAGCACGAUGUCGACCACGUCGAUACCGCGUUGCCUCAGUCAACAGUUUCUUUGGAUUCUGAACAUGUUAUUUGACUGUCAACCGGUAGUCAUUGCUCAUUUGUACUCGAUCGGUAUUCCAAUCGAAAUUUACGGCAUACGAUGGCUGCGAGUGCUGUACAUCAGAGAGUUCGAGAUCGCAUCACUGUUGUCGUUAUGGGAUGCGAUAUUUGCUGACAACUUGCCUUUUUUCCAUUUGCUAUACGUGUUUGUGGCGAUGCUUGUUUACGUCCGCGGACGCUUGCUUUCUUCUGGCGUCUCCGGUUGUUUGCAGCUGCUGAUGAACUAUCCGCGCACCAUUCGAUUCCCGGAGUUGAUGAAGUUGAUCGAUAUGAUCGCUCAUACUGCAGCAACAUCUGCUUCCGUGGAUUUUCUUUGCGACCGUGUUUGCGUGGUUGAAAGAAACGCGCUUUUGGCAGCCGAAAAGUUGGACGUUCUCGCAGAUACGCUGGACUGCCUAGAGGAAUUUGACUACAAAGGCAGGGAUCUAUUCUUGCAGAGGCUUGCUUCUGAACUUAGACACAUCUCUCGGACGCUGACCUACGCUAAUCCUGAACAUGACAUGAACUGCUUUGACACUGCCAAAACGGUUUCUGGUGUUUGCUUCUCGCAAGAUGCAAAUGCAUCUUCUGACAGAUUCACGCCGAACCUUGAAGGCACCAACGACGAAUCGUCUCCGAAUUUAGAUGAUUAUGACUGCUGCUCAGACAGCUUUUUUCACUUUCUGAAACGUGAUAGGGAGGGAAAAUAUGAGUUACAGGACAUGUCCGGUAUUGGUGGAACAAUCAGAACUGUUUGA